GACGAGUAAACCUAAUUCUCCUCCUCUUCCACCCCCAGCUUACUCCUCAAUUUCAAUCCUGGACAUCAUUAAGCCCAAUUACUGCUGUGAUCGUUUAUCUUUCGCAGUCGGGGGUUCAACCUCUUUCGACUCUUUGAUCCAUUCUAUCUCCCAUACGGUCCAUACCUCGUUUCCCACCCCCCCUUCGAGCCAAACCUCUUCCAGUGGUCUUCCUUGACCGCACAUCUUUUUCCUUUUCUUCUUCCGGUAUUCAUCUAAACCCCAAUGUUCUGAUAUUGCCAUCUGGGCCUUAUAGAAAGAAUGGCGUCCGUCGCAGAUAUACAACCAGAACCUCACCCCUCAACUCCUGAUUCUGAGACUCAUUACGCUUCGAAUGAUCCAUUGAAUCCAUCUGAUCUCACGGACUCAACUACCCCGGCCACCCUUGAGCAUCCAAAUCCACAUGAAAACCAACAUCGGCCAAAUCCUCGACCAAAGAAUCCUACAUAUUCGCAGUUCUCUCAAACACAGUCAGCCACAGCCCGAUCGCGCGCAUACUCAACAGCUUCCACCUCGUCCGUAAAUUCCGUUCGUCGCAAACCUUUACCUGUAAGUGCCUCGCCUUUGGCAACCAGGUUUUCCACCAGGUAUUCCACGGCGGAAUACUUCAGUCCAUCCAUCGAAGAACUACCAGAGCCGGAUCUUCCAUAUUCUCGGUAUACGAACAUUGCUGAUAGUCCAACACUCUACGAAUUUCCAUCGGAUUUAAAAAGCGCUUUGCCGUUCUCCCCAGAAAGUUCUAGCAACAGGAAUUCCAUCCGAAGUUCAAUAAGAAGUUCGAGGAGCUCCAAAAGUUCGAAAAGUGCUAAGAGUGUUUCGAAACAAGAACGGCCAUCAUCAAAGAGAUAUUCGAGCGAACAUAUCGCUUGGACUUCAGUGACGCCAGCGCUAGCAGAACAACCAACAGAUAACGAAGAACAAAUUCUUAGUCCAAAAAGUCCAAACCUUUUAGUCCCGUCUCAUACACGUCCACCGGGAGCCUCGAGGCAUGCAAGAUUGGUUAGCGAUUCGCCAUUAAGUUCUGAUUCUGAAUCUACCGGUCAUUGGUACGGGGAUUCAAGUCCAGGAAGUCGUCCGGUUUCUGCUACUAUGUCCAUUUUCUCAUCCAAAGCUACACCACCACAUAAUAUUAUACCUAAUGCUCCGGCACGAUCCUAUACUCACGAAUCUCACGACUCUACAUCAACUAUACAAAAACCCAAAUCACCAGGGAAACUUGGCUCUUUCUUUAGUAGCUGGGGAGGUGCUGUGUCCCCAUCGAGCUCAACGACAACCUUUUCGGAAGAUAAGGCAGAUUAUUCUCCAAACUCACCAAUACCAUCGUCAAAUGCAUCUCCGCAUAAACUUUCGGAAUUUGAAGACUCCCAAUCAAGGACACAUAAUACUAAGGCACCACCGGCCGCGAUCGAUAUUCCCAAAGCCAAUGCAGAUGCUGCCCAUUACUUCGAAAACGCAUAUUUACAAAUACCCAUAGCGACGCCUAGUCCGCCACCUUUAAUAGUCGAAGAAAUGGAGCGAGAAUUGAAAGAUAUUAGCCAAGAGCUGGCGUCUUCCAUACGAAGGGAGAUGGACCUGGAAGAUCUUGUAGACAGGUUACAGCUCGAGGCCCAAAAUUCGGGAACGAAUAGUAGCAAGCGAACAAGUGAUUAUUUUUCAGAUGCUGGAACAAGUGUGAUUCCCAGAUAUGGAGAUCCCGAUCCUAAGCAGGAUGAGCUUGAUCGAAUACAGAGAAAGACAGAGCAAGAAAAGGCCUCUAUCAGAUUAGAGCUUACAGAUAAGCUGCAAGAUGAGAGAGCUAUAAGAAAAGAACUCGAAACACAAAUUCGGUCUCUAGAAGAAAGAGCGGCUCAGGUUGAUCUUGCAGCUAUAAAUUCCGUGGAUGCUAAUGGACGACUUAAAGAGUUGGAGGCAACUUGUGAAGAUCUUCGACGCAAAUUGUCUGAAGAGAAACAGAUCAGGGAAAACUUCGAAGAUCUUUUGACUGCACUCAAAGCAGACCUUGAAACCUCACAUAAUGAACGUGAUAAUUUACGAGACGAAAUCGUUCCUCAGCUCAAGGCCCGUGUGGAAGGACUUGAAGCACAAGCUGCAGAACAUGAAAAGUUGACCUACGAGCAAAGCAAGCUGAAUCAAGAAAUACAAACUCUCAAGAAGGAGAACACCACAUUGGUUAAUGCUCAAAGGCUACAGAUGGAGAUGAGCCAGUUCAACUCCCUUUCGGAAGAAGAUGGCAUAGGUAGCAUAAGCAAUCUACCUAGGUCGAGAUCAUCCAUAAUGAGCAUCGGUGGCACCGGUGGACUCGGUAGUUUGAGUGGUGCUUUAGGUGGUCUAGGUGGCUUGAAACGGGCCAACUCUCUUGCACACACUGGCAAAACCGCUAGAUCACCGGGCUUAUCUAGGACAUCAUCCGUUAAGACUGCUGAAUCUAGAGAUGCUCUGGCGGAACGAGUAAAGGACAUUGAACUCCAACGAGAUUCUCUACAUAGUGCUCUUAAAAGUUUGCUUGAACGUCAAGAGCACCAGAACCGUGAAAAUGAGAAGAAAAUCCGCCAAUUGGAGAUGGAAAGAGAUCGUGCGUUGAACCAAUCUCCGAGGCGGCAAGGAUACGAUAGGGAAGUUUCGAAUCUGAGAGAGGAAAUCAAUACCCUCCGUCGCCGUGCUGAUGAAGCAAUUGAGCAAAAGUGGCAAUGUGAAAAAGGUCUAGGUGGUUUGAAGAUGGAUCUCGAUCGCGCUGAACAGGAAAUCGGCUCACUACGAAGCCUGUUACAAGAGAAAGACAUAUUAAUCAAACGAUCUAGUACAGAUUCUAGGCCCGGUAGCUCACACGCAACCUCCGAGACACUUGAGCGAUCGUACCGGGAUCUUCAGGCAGCUUACUCAGCUUCCCUGGAGCAAAUCAAGGCCCUUGAAAUCUCGGCUACUAGUGAUGAGGAUACUGCAAAAGCUAUGGAGCAGUUGGAGAGAAGCUUGUCUGACGCAAUUACAGAAAGAGAUGUUGUAAAACAGGAGCUUGAGGCAGUCAGAGAGCAAUCUGAAUCCUUGAGAGAUUCCGAAAAGGUACACCUUCAAGAGGAGAUGCAAUUGGCAGAUGAGCUACGUGAAUCGGCCAGACGCGUCGAGGAAUUGGCUGGACAAGUCAGACUGCAACUUGCUUCAAAUAGCACUCUCAGACAACGUCUAGCUGACGCUAUCGAGCGAGGAGAGAAGGAGCAGAAAGCCAAUGCGCAAAAGAUCACAUUCCUCCAAACCAAGCUCAGGGCUCUUGAGGAGCAGCUUAUGGCUGCUCAGAAUAUCUCAGAGGCCAGAAUGGCUCGUCAUGAAGAUGAUAUUCGUGAUAUCAAGGAUAGUCAUAAUAUCCAGCUUCUUCGCGUGAAGUCGGAACUCCGUUCCCCUCGUUCAUUCGGGCCGAAAUCUCCCAUGUCUCCAUUUUUCGCAAAUGCGAAGAAGGUACCACGUCUUUCUAUUACCACAUCCGGAAAAGGAAUGUCGGUAUCCGAGGACUCAAAGGUUGAGGUUUUAAGACAACAAGUUGUAAACCUUGAGGCUGCCCUUGCAGAAGCAGAUAGAGAGAUGGAGGAAGUUGUCGGUCGUAUGAAUAUUGCACAGAUCGAAGUAAUGGAACUACAGAACGAAAGAGAAGAAGCCGUACGUGAAACGAGGAAAUUACAGAAGACGAUUGAACAAGAAAGAUUGAGAGCUUUCGAGGGGAGAUUUGCUACUCUUAACUCUUCAUCAUAAUGAAUCUGGGAUGUUGAGGUAGAGGGUGGUUUUAAGAUUGUUUCAUCAAGCGGCUUUAGCGUUUGUCAGUCUGAUGGUGGUUUUCUAUCAGCAUUUUUUCUUUGUUAAUCACCCAAGAGCUCCGGAAUUGAUGAGUCUCAAUGGAUGGGUGAAUAUGGAGUUUUAUUUAUUAUUGAUUGGCUUUUUUUUUCGUCAUCGACAAAAUGCAUCAAACGGAAUGGGCCAAUUUGGCGACUUUUGCAUCAUAUUAUAUAUGCUGAGGUCGAAAGAUAUCUUGGUGGAGUCGAAUGAUAUCUUAUCUAAUAUUAUUUCCAACGUGGUGGAACAAAUGAUGAGCUGUGGUCAAGGAAAUGGAGACGGUUGUAAUUAUUUUGGUAAUGGGCCUCGUUGGGAGAUGGGGACGGAUACAUAUGGGUACAAGGAUAAAGGAGAAGCGGUAGCUUAUAUGGUUAUUUGUUGUAUAUUGUAUAUACUGGAUUUUAGAUACCAGAUGGUAUGGGGGGGUAGGGAGAAGAAGUAGUUGGUUGGUUGCAAGUUACCUACUUGGUCUUGGAAUCAAACGGAAUGAAUGGAUCGUGUUGAACCA